CAAGCUGAUGGCCGCCAUCUUUAGGGGCUUUUUAGACGCGUCAGUACUUCAGAACGAAGCAGGUCCUUGUUUUCGGAUUGUGGCAGGUGUGGCUCUGUUAAUCUCUUGUCACCAAAUCGAAAUUCCAAAGGUUAUCUCGUCGCAAAGUCGUCGAUACAUAGCCGCAUCAUGAGUUAUCAGAUGCAGGCACAAGGGAGGCCAAUGUCACAUGGGCAAUAUGUUAGCAAUAGCCCUGCUGAUCUUCCUAUGCCCAGCGUUAAGGAACAUACAUUGAUGUGGCAAGGAGUUGGGCAACCUGGAUAUGUAGGAGAUUCAGGAAUCCAAAGUGGGGCAACCACUCAGGCCCCAUCACUCUCUGGAAGAGGUGGUGAUGAUGAUAUGGAUACUUCUGAAGGAGGAGUCAUGCUUAACAUGGGUGGAUCAAGUGGCUAUUCAGCUGGUUAUACUCAAGACCAAGUUGAAGACAUGAAUGCUCAGUUAAACCAGACUCGCUCCCAGCGUAUUCGUGCUGCCAUGUUUCCAGAGACACUGGAUGAAGGAAUGGAAAUUCCAUCUACUCAGUUUGAUACCACACAGCCAACUGCUGUUCAGCGUUUAGCCGAACCGUCGCAAAUGUUGAAACAUGCCGUUGUUAAUUUGAUCAACUAUCAGGAUGAUGCUGAUCUAGCUACAAGAGCUAUUCCCGAACUGAUCAAGUUGUUGAACGAUGAAGAUCAAGUUGUCGUAUCUCAUGCUGCCAUGAUGGUUCACCAGUUGUCCAAGAAGGAAGCGUCCCGCCAUGCUAUCAUGAAUAGCCCACAGGCAACCAAAAUGAUUGCGGCUCUCGUUCGAGCACUGUCCAAUAGCAAUGACCUGGAAACCACCAAAGGUGCCGUUGGUACCCUGCACAACCUAUCCCAUCACCGCCAAGGAUUGUUGGCUAUUUUUAAAUCUGGGGGAAUUCCAGCUUUGGUGAAGCUGUUAAGCUCGCCCGUGGAAUCCGUUCUUUUUUAUGCUAUCACGACGCUGCACAACUUGCUGCUCCAUCAAGAAGGCUCAAAAAUGGCCGUUCGUUUGGCGGGUGGUUUACAGAAGAUGGUUGCUCUCCUUCAGCGCAACAAUGUCAAAUUCUUGGCAAUCGUUACUGAUUGUCUUCAAAUUCUGGCGUAUGGCAAUCAAGAAUCCAAGUUGAUCAUUUUAGCUUCACAGGGGCCGAUGGAACUUGUUCGAAUUCUUCGGUCAUAUACUUACGAAAAGCUGCUGUGGACCACUUCACGAGUUUUGAAAGUGCUGUCGGUCUGUUCUAGCAACAAACCAGCUAUUGUUGAAGCUGGAGGUAUGCAAGCGUUGGCAAUGCACUUGGGCCACCAAAGUCAUCGCCUAGUUCAGAACUGUUUAUGGACCUGCCGCAAUCUUUCCGAUGCUGCGACCAAGCAGCAAGAAGGUUUAGAAACCCUGCUUCAAGGACUUGUUCAGUUGUUAGGUUCUAGUGAUGUUAACGUAAUCACUUGCGCUGCCGGAAUUCUCUCUAACUUGACUUGCAACAACCAACGCAACAAGACUGUUGUGUGUCAAGUCGGUGGUAUCGAAGCGCUGGUUCGCACCAUUAUUCAUGCUGGCGAUCGUGAAGAAAUCACCGAACCUGCCAUAUGUGCUCUGCGUCACAUGACAUCACGUCACGCUGAAGCUGAAAUGGCUCAAAAUGCUGUUCGUCUUAGUGGUGGACUGCCCGUCAUUGUCCGUUUAUUGCAACCCCCAUCUCGUUGGCCACUCAUCAAGGCUCUGAUCGGGUUGGUUCGUAAUCUGGCUCUAUGCCCUGCAAACCACGCUCCGCUGCGAGAACAAGGAGUCAUUACUCGUUUGGUGCAGCUGUUGAUCCGUGCUUUCCAAGACAUCCAACGACGCUCGUCGGUUGUCAGCUCAGGCAGCGGUCAGCCACAAGGAUCGUACGCCGACGGAGUAAGGAUGGAAGAAAUUGUCGAAGGUGCUGUAGGCGCCCUCCAUAUUUUAGCUCGCGAGUCCCAUAACCGGGCUGUUAUUCGUGGCUUGAGUGUUAUCCCUAUUUUUGUCCAGUUGUUGUACAACGAGAUAGAAAAUAUUCAACGUGUUGCUGCCGGCGUACUGUGCGAGCUGGCCUCUGAUAAGGAAGGAGCCGACAUGAUCGAACAGGAGGGUGCAACUGCUCCUCUGACAGAACUACUUCAUUCUCGCAAUGAGGGUGUUGCAACGUAUGCGGCUGCCGUACUUUUCCGCAUGUCUGAAGACAAGCCCCAAGAUUAUAAGAAGAGGCUAUCUAUGGAGCUGACCAAUUCCUUGUUCCGCGAAGACCAUCAUUUGUGGAAUGGAGAUCUGCCUUUGAUGCCUCCCGAUCUUCAGGAUAUUCUUGCACCUGACCAGCCUUAUGAAGGUCCUUAUGGGCAAGGCCCACCCAGUGUCCACUCCAACCAAGAUGGAGGCAGGUCUUAUCGUCAAGGAUAUGACGCCCUACCCGUAGAAUCGAUGCAAGGAUUGGAGCUCGGUUCACACCAUGGCGGCCCACCACCUUCUGCCACAUCUCCGACCAUGGGCAUGGGGAUGAAUAUGGGGCAUUCAAUGGGUCUUCCCAUUCAAUCCAACAACUACGCCCCGGUAGAUCACAUGGGUUCUGAUUUGGAUUUCGAUCCUCUGAACCACAUGGGUCAGGCCACACCUCCCCAACCGCCCCACGAUGCCCAGGCCGCUUGGUAUGAUACCGACCUUUAAAGUGGUUGCACCCAAACGCAAAGCAAAAGUCGAAAGAUUUAAGCACUACAAAACUCCUUCUUGCAUAUCCACCACGAUGCUCCUCUCUCCCCUUAUUGCACUGACAGUAUCGCAGGUCGUCCUUGCU